GCGCCUGCGCGGGGCGUUACCAUAGAGAGGCAGCUGCCUCUCUGGGCUCGGUUUACACUCUCUAUGGUCUAGCGGGGUCGAUGGCGGUAAAGGGAAUAAGGGAGACCGCACUGCGCAGGCGCAGUCGGCUUCUCGCCUUUUUUUUUUUUUUUAAUCCCCGCACCAAGCACUUAACCUCAUUGGGGUGGAGAAGGCGGCGGCUGUCCGGUCCGCGGCCGCAACUGUAGUGACUAAUAGGGCUAAUGGACUGCUGAAUUAUGAAGUAUUUCAGACUCCGUAGUAGAACACUCCGCCGCUCACUUCUUUAUCUCCUACUAGUUAUUUAAAUUGGACUUUUAAUAUCCUGCCAGCUGCUCUUCAGACACACAUGGUGCAUUGUUGCCAUUCCCCGGAUUGCAUCUUUGAAACACAGGCUCUUAGUAACCUUCAGCGAACAAAGAGGCCACCUCCCGGGCUUGGCUACCGGGAGGGAGUCAUCCUGACUGCCCUCUAGCUUUUGCUGGAUCUGGAUUUGAAUUCCACCAUGGAGCCUCGCAUGGAGGCCUGCCUGGCCCAGGUGUUGCAAAAGGAUGUGGGCAAACGACUGCAGGUUGGCCAAGAACUUAUAGACUAUUUCUCAGAUAAACAGAAGUCUGCUGACCUUGAGCAUGACCAGACCAUGUUAGAUAAGCUUGUGGAUGGACUUGCUACCUCUUGGGUGAACUCUAGCAAUUACAAGGUGGUUCUGCUGGGCAUGGACAUCCUGUCGGCCCUGGUGACCCGGCUGCAAGAUCGAUUCAAAGCGCAGAUAGGCACAGUGCUGCCAAGUCUAAUAGACAGACUGGGAGAUGCUAAAGAUUCCGUGAGGGAACAAGACCAAACUUUGCUGCUAAAGAUUAUGGAUCAAGCUGCUAAUCCCCAGUAUGUAUGGGACAGAAUGCUUGGAGGCUUCAAACACAAGAAUUUCCGCACGAGAGAAGGCAUCUGUCUCUGCCUUAUUGCAACACUCAAUGCCUCUGGAGCACAUACUCUAACACUAAGCAAGAUUGUGCCACAUAUAUGUAAUUUACUUGGAGAUCCAAAUAGCCAGGUUCGAGAUGCAGCAAUAAACAGCUUAGUGGAAAUUUACAGACAUGUAGGAGAACGUGUGAGGGCAGAUCUCAGUAAAAAAGGAUUGCCACAGUCCCGGUUGAAUGUCAUUUUUACAAAAUUUGAUGAAGUCCAAAAAUCUGGAAACAUGAUACAGUCUGCAAAUGAUAAAAACUUUGAUGAUGAAGAUUCUGUGGAUGGUAAUAGACCUUCCUCGGCCAGUUCUACGUCAUCCAAGGCUCCACCAAGUUCACGGAGAAACGUCGGAAUGGGGACCGCCCGUCGGAUUGGGUCAUCUACUCUUGGAUCCAAGUCUUCAGCUGCAAAAGAAGGUGCUGGUGCUGUUGAUGAAGAAGACUUUAUUAAAGCAUUUGAUGAUGUACCUGUGGUACAGAUUUAUUCCAGCAGAGACCUCGAGGAAUCAAUAAACAAAAUUAGGGAAAUAUUAUCUGAUGACAAGCAUGAUUGGGAGCAGAGAGUAAAUGCUCUAAAAAAGAUUAGAUCUUUACUUUUGGCUGGAGCUGCUGACUAUGAUAACUUCUUUCAACAUUUGCGUCUUUUGGAUGGAGCCUUUAAACUCUCUGCUAAGGACCUGCGGUCUCAGGUAGUGCGGGAGGCUUGUAUCACGUUGGGGCAUCUGUCAUCAGUUCUGGGGAAUAAGUUUGACCAUGGAGCUGAAGCCAUUAUGCCAACUAUCUUUAAUUUAAUACCAAACAGUGCCAAAAUUAUGGCCACUUCUGGUGUUGUAGCUGUUAGGCUAAUCAUUCGGCACACACACAUCCCUAGGCUAAUACCUGUCAUAACAAGCAACUGUACCUCCAAAUCUGUUGCAGUUAGAAGGCGCUGUUUUGAAUUCUUAGAUUUACUCUUACAAGAAUGGCAGACACAUUCUCUGGAAAGACAUAUAUCAGUAUUAGCAGAAACAAUCAAGAAGGGAAUACAUGAUGCUGAUUCAGAAGCAAGGAUAGAAGCCAGAAAAUGUUACUGGGGUUUUCACAGUCACUUCAGCAGAGAAGCAGAGCACUUGUACCACACCUUGGAGUCCUCUUACCAGAAAGCCCUGCAGUCCCACUUGAAGAACUCGGACAGCAUAGUGUCCCUGCCUCAGUCAGACCGUUCAUCUUCUAGCUCUCAAGAGAGUCUCAACCGGCCACUCUCUGCCAAAAGAAGUCCCACUGGCAGUACCACAUCUAGAGCAUCUACAGUUAGUACCAAAUCUGUGUCAACAACUGGGUCCCUCCAGCGAUCUCGAAGUGAUAUUGAUGUGAAUGCAGCUGCCAGUGCCAAAUCCAAAGUCUCCUCCUCUUCAGGCUCCACACCCUUCAGUUCUGCAGCAGCAUUACCUCCAGGGUCCUAUGCAUCUUUAGAGUCCAGACACAUGAGGGAAGACAUGGAGUACAUAGGCCUGGAUGCAGGUCGGAUCCGCACAAGACGGCAAAGUUCCGGGAGUGCCACCAAUGUCGCCUCUACACCCUCUGACAACCGGGGCCGCAGCCGUGCUAAAGUGGUUUCACAGUCUCAGCCUGGCAGCCGUUCGAGUUCCCCAGGGAAACUUCUGGGCAGUGGUUAUGGUGGACUUGCUGGCAGUUCCUCAAGAGGUCCACCUGUGACACCUUCUUCAGAAAAACGAAGCAAAAUUCCUAGGAGUCAGGGAUGUAGCCGAGAAACAAGUCCAAACCGAAUAGGAUUAGACCGGUUUGGGCUGGGUCAGCCAGGAAGAAUACCUGGGUCUGUGAAUGCCAUGCGGGUUUUGAGCACAAGUACAGAUCUGGAAGCUGCUGUUGCUGAUGCUUUGAAGAAGCCUGUGAGGAGGAGAUAUGAGCCAUAUGGAAUGUAUUCUGAUGACGACGCCAAUAGCGACGCCUCAAGUGUUUGCUCUGAGCGUUCAUACGGCUCAAGGAAUGGUGGCAUUCCCCAUUAUCUGCGACAGACUGAAGAUGUAGCAGAAGUUCUCAACCACUGUGCUAGUUCAAACUGGUCAGAAAGGAAAGAAGGGCUUCUUGGCCUGCAGAACUUACUCAAGAGCCAAAGAACACUGAGUCGAGUAGAGUUGAAGAGAUUAUGUGAGAUUUUCACCCGAAUGUUUGCUGACCCCCAUAGCAAGAGAGUUUUUAGUAUGUUUUUGGAGACUCUUGUGGAUUUUAUAAUAAUUCAUAAGGAUGACUUGCAAGACUGGCUUUUUGUUCUUCUCACACAACUGCUUAAGAAAAUGGGAGCAGAUUUACUGGGAUCCGUGCAGGCAAAAGUUCAGAAGGCUUUGGAUGUCACAAGGGACUCCUUUCCAUUUGAUCAACAAUUUAACAUUUUGAUGAGAUUUAUUGUGGAUCAAACUCAAACUCCAAACCUCAAGGUCAAAGUUGCAAUUCUGAAAUACAUUGAAUCUCUGGCUAGACAGAUGGAUCCAACAGAUUUUGUAAACUCAAGUGAGACAAGACUUGCUGUUUCUAGAAUCAUAACAUGGACAACAGAACCAAAGAGUUCAGACGUGAGAAAGGCUGCACAAAUUGUGCUAAUCUCUCUGUUUGAAUUGAACACUCCUGAAUUUACCAUGUUACUUGGUGCCUUGCCCAAAACAUUCCAGGAUGGUGCCACCAAACUCCUGCAUAACCACCUCAAGAACUCCAGUAACACCAGUGUGGGAUCUCCAAGCAAUACCAUUGGCAGGACACCUUCCCGACAUCCCAGCAGCAGGACCAGCCCCUUGACCUCACCUACCAACUGUUCCCAUGGGGGACUGUCUCCCAGCAUGCUGGACUAUGAUACAGAGAACCUGAACUCUGAAGAAAUCUACAGUUCUCUGCGAGGAGUUACAGAAGCCAUUGAAAAGUUUAGUUUCCGAAGUCAAGAGGAUCUGAAUGAACCAAUUAAGCGAGAUAGCAAAAAGGACUGUGAUAUUGUGUCCCGCGAUGGAGGAGCAGCCUCCCCUGCCACUGAGGGCCGGGGAAGUAGUGAAGUGGAAGGAGGCAGGACAGCUCUGGACAACAAGACCUCUCUCCUCAACACCCAGCCUCCUCGAGCCUUCCCCGGACCACGUGCUCGGGACUACAACCCCUAUCCCUACUCAGACACUAUCAACACAUACGACAAGACAGCCCUGAAAGAGGCAGUGUUUGAUGAUGACAUGGAGCAGCUUCGUGAUGUGCCCAUCGAUCACUCUGAUCUGGUGGCUGACCUGCUGAAAGAGCUGUCUAACCACAACGAACGGGUGGAGGAGCGGAAAGGUGCCCUGCUGGAGCUGCUCAAGAUCACACGAGAGGACAGCCUGGGCGUCUGGGAGGAGCACUUCAAGACCAUCCUGCUGCUGCUUCUGGAGACACUUGGGGACAAAGACCAUUCAAUUCGAGCGCUGGCACUGAGAGUUUUACGGGAAAUUCUUAGAAACCAGCCAGCAAGAUUUAAAAACUAUGCGGAACUGACGAUCAUGAAGACGCUAGAAGCCCACAAAGACUCUCACAAGGAGGUGGUGAGGGCUGCCGAGGAGGCUGCAUCCACGCUGGCCAGCUCCAUUCACCCAGAGCAGUGCAUCAAAGUGCUCUGCCCCAUCAUCCAGACAGCUGACUACCCCAUCAACCUGGCUGCCAUCAAGAUGCAGACCAAAGUUGUGGAAAGGAUCGCCAAGGAGUCCUUGCUGCAGCUCCUUGCAGACAUUAUCCCGGGCUUGCUGCAGGGUUAUGAUAACACCGAAAGCAGUGUGCGUAAGGCCAGCGUGUUUUGCUUAGUGGCGAUUUAUUCCGUAAUCGGAGAAGAUCUGAAACCUCACCUCGCACAGCUCACAGGGAGCAAGAUGAAGCUUCUAAAUUUAUAUAUAAAGAGGGCCCAGACUACCAACAGCAACAGCAGCUCCUCCUCCGAUGUGUCCACACACAGCUAGUGGCAGCGCCAUGGCGUCUGCAGACCCGAUGUGAUCGGUGGUGCCUUGGAGACCCCCCAUCCACUGCCCGGUCAGUGCGAGGAGGCCGCACAUAUUUAUUACAAUCAGUAUUUUGGUCCCUUCCAGCUUUUGUGUAGAAUCUUACUGGUAUUGAAUGUAAUGGAAACAAGGCCUGUGUCACAGUCUUCAUAGAAACAGGAGUGAGAAACGAAGAGCCAUACUUACACGUCUUGUACCGCCUGCUGAGAUCACGGACCAUGUGUGUGGGGUGCAGAGCGCUCUAGCUGUACCUGGUAGACAGUAGCUUUUUGAUUUUUCUUUUUUUGGUUAAUUACAGCUUUGGGGAUGGGACAGGUAUUCCUUUGUGUUACCCAUUCUUAGCUUAUAUGUGGCCUGAGGAGGCCACGCCCCACCCCUUCCCCAGCCCAUUCACAGAAAGUGUAUUUGUUUAGCUUGUGCUUGGAGACCUUCUGAAAGUAGGAUGCUAUAAUUCAACCAGGAGCAAUCCUGAAGCUGGCCUCCUAACACACAUGGAAUUUGCUUCUUAUAGACAGGAGUGAGCAGCUUCAGUGUAGUCAGGAAUGCUCCUAGUCUCCUCUCAGCCCCCUCUGAUACUCCACAAAUGGAUCCCUACCCCAGACCUGCCAUUGGAAAGAAUUCUAGAUGUUUCUGUCCAGAUUCAAAUGUAAGAGUAAUAUAUAGCAUUACUUAGGAAUAGCAUUUUCAUGACACACAUGAGAAGGGUCUGUUUCCUGAGAUUGUGGGGGGUACAGUUGUGAUGGAGGGUGGGGGGACUGUCUCCAGACCCCAGAUAGGUUCUUUUCUCUCCCCUUAGCUUUGCUAAGCUGCCAUUGAAUGUUCUUAGUCUGGCAACAGCAACUUCACCUUCCUGGUUUUGGCUUCUAUUUAAUUUGGGAUUAAGAGCAAACUAAAGUGAAGGGAGACGAGGUAUGAAAAUCAUUAUCUUGAAUUCUAUAAGCCGAAUGACUUCCUGCAUGGUGAAGCAUGCCAAUUAAGGAAGAUAUAAUCAUGAUUUUUUAUUAGAUUCUUUUUAUUAGAUUCUGGUUCUUUUAACUUCUUGAGGGUCUGAUUGCUCCAAAGAAAGUAACUAUAGUUUUGGAGUCUGGGUUAAAUGUUGAAUAAAAUUCUUAUGCAAAAUGGCAAUUCUUCAUGCAAUCAUGAAGACUUCUGUUGCCACUUACUUUUCUAAUUGAUAUCCUCUAAUUGAACUGAUUUUUUCCAUGAGAAAUAAAAAGCCCCCUACCCCCCCAGACAAAGUCUUGUUCUUGGCUCAGGCUGACUUCAAACUCAGUUGCCUCAGCCUCCUGCCUGUUAGAUUGCAAGUAUGUGCCACUAUUCCUGGAAAAAGGUUUCUUUUGAUGUUACUUUGGACUAUUCCAGUGCAGACACUCAAACUGAAACUAGAGCUGGGCACCAGAUAUGUGUCUUUUACCCCAGAUCCCACCAUCCACCUUCUCUGCCCCUCCAGAUGGGCAAGGAAAGUAGAGAAGGACAGAUAACUGGGCUUGGAAAUAAACACUGAAAAUGAAGGCCCCUGACAUCCAAGUGUUGGGAUGGUGCCUUACACAUGCUUAGUGUCCUGCUGCUCAACUAGGAAACUGUAGGGGGGUGUGUCUUUAAUGGUUCGCUAUUAUUGAGGGACCUUGGCCCAGAACACAGCAAAGCAGGCCUUACUUUGCAGGAUGAAUACUAUUUAUCUGUGUUGGUAGUAGUCCAUUAAUGGGAUUUCUGUUCUACACUCUCCAAGAGUAAAGGGGCUCUGAGUCCUGUGGCCAUCCCCCUGGUGUGUAGCAUUGUGUCCUGGCCAGGUUACUUACGAAUUCUCUCAGACCUUUCCCUGGAGCGCUCUGGUUCCCAGAAUGCCACCAUGAUCCCCAGUGUGGUUGGAAGGCUCUUCUGGAACAUUGCUUGAUGUCCUCACAGCAUUCAUAAAGGGCUAGCCUCGAAUGCCACUUUGAUCUCCUGACUAGAGAGAGAUGCCAUCACUCCUCACAUAUUUUGGCCUCAAGCUGAAACUGGCUGCCCACUGCGCCCACUGAGGAGCCUCGCCUGCCGCCAGCGUCUCACGGAGGGCAGCUGCCCGACCACCGCCUUCCACCCAACAGCUGCCUCGCCUUGCCACCGCCUCCCACACUACAGAACUGUUUGCCUCCCCAUCACCCACCUGCGGGGCCUUGAGACUCCCUACCCCAGGGCCAGGGGACUGUCAUUCCACCUGCUUCCCUUCAGGCUGCUGCCUCUCUUCUCUGGCCACCGCUGGGCCACACUGCAGGUGUGGUGACCCUGGGGGCCCACAGCUUUCUUCAAGUGCUUUGUGUGUGCUUGGCAGGCCCAUGCCGCCUCAUGGCUGGGUCUGUCUUUUCUAUGGCUCACCACUAGCUACCACCCACCUGUUCAGGUAAUGCAACUGGUUUUGCCUCACAAAUCUUUUUCUUUCCCUGUCACUCUUUCCUGACGAAGCAUACUAUUACACUUCAAAGGACAACAAGUAAGAGUGUUGUAGAACCCCACCGGAACUCUGCUAACCAUGUUUGGGAACGAAAACAAAUGCUCUGAAAAGUAUCAGCCACCAGAAUAGUUUUGUUGGCACUGUGUUCACACGCAUGGUCCCCACACCCCUAAGCUGGGUGUUUUGUUUUGUUUUGUUGUUUUGUUUUGCGGGGGGGAGGAGGCUUUUUCAUGUUACAUCCAUAUCUGUAUUUAUAUCUUUAUUUGUUUCACUUCCAAGUGUAUCAUGGCAAAUGUACAGAUUUUUUUUUGUUAAUAAUGUGCUAGGAUUUGCUAAAAAAGAAAACAACAAAAAAAAACUUUUGAGUUUGCCCUAGAAUAAAUGAAACUUAAUUCCGUU